AGGAUGCAGCUCGACAUAAUCCUGACCAGCCUCCAGGACCACACCCACGUGGCCUCACUCCUGGGUUACAGCUCUCCUGCUGAUGGCCCAGAGGUACUUUCAUCUGGCCCUGCCUUUACAGCUCUCCCAGAGCCUGCCUACGGCACCACCACAGGCCACCCCGACACUCACCUGGCCGAGAUUCUCAUGAAGACGCUGCUCAGGAACCUUGGCUUUUAUACUGAUCAGGCUUUCGGUGAGCUGGAGAAGAACAGUGAUAAGCUGCAGCAAGGCACAUCCUCCUCUGACAGCAGCCAGCCGGCUCACCUGCACCAACUUCUCUGCUCGCUGCAGAAGCAACUUCUAGCGUAUUGCCACAUCAACUCUGUUACUGAGAACUCCAGCAGUGUGUCAUUGCUCCACAAACAUCUGCAGCUGCUCUUGCCACAUGCCACAGAUAUCUACUCCCGCUCUGCAGCGCUGAUAAAGGAGAGCUCCUGGAAUGGCAGCAUACGGGAGAAGCUACAAGAUGUGAUCUACGUGUCAGCAGCAGGCAGCAUGCUGUGUCAGAUAAUCAACGCCUUACUGCUGCUUCCGGUGUCGGUGGCAAGGCCGCUGUUGAGCCAACUGCUGGAACUGCUGCCUCCUCUGGAUUGUCUGAACAGACUGUUGCCUGCUGCCUCUCCUCUGGAGGACCAGGAGCUGCAGUGGCCUCUUCAGGGUACCUCAGACUUUGCUGAGCCAGCCUCAGGAAUGACCCUGCCGCAGCCCGCACUUUCUUGGGUGUGGCUUGUGGACCUGGAGAGGACAGUCGCCCUGCUAGUUGGGCGCUGCCUUGGUGGGAUGCUGCAGGGAGCUCCUACCUCACUGGAGGAACAAGAUACUGUUUACUGGCUCAAAACACCGCUAUUUAGCAAUGGCUUGGAGAUGGACAUCCCCCAGCUAGACACCUGCAUCAGCUCAUUAUUGGAGGCUGCACUGUCUGGUAAUGAGGAGCAGAAACCCUUCGACUGCACACUGCAUCCUGACUUGAGUGUCUUGGUGGAUUUGGCCCUGGGUUCCUCUAAAGAACCUGCCAACAGCCUUUGGAUCAACAUGCAUGAGUACGCUAUUGGCAAAGACUGGGACAAUGCAUCUCUCAGUAAUGAGACCCUAUUAGACACUGUGUCCAGGUUUGUGUUGGCAGCCUUACUGAAGCACACAGGGCUGCUGGGCCAAGCCUGUGGAGAGGGCAGGUAUCAACCAUCUAAGUCCCUGGCAGAAGUCUAUCGCGGUGUUUUUAAGGUACGAAACCGCUUACUAGCCUGUAAGAACAUGGACUUCAUCCAGACACGAUCUUCUUCUCGUGAGAGGAGG